AUGAACCGAUUUGGCGCGGAUUAUUCUUCGAGCCCUGCUUCUACACCAGUCGCAGCCUCAAAAGCACGAUAUCGUGCCCGAAACGAGACACCAGAUCUCGUCAGUACCACUCCGAUAGCCCCGCCUCCUUCAAGACCGUUUGGUAGUUCUCAGUACCAAAGUGUCUCAAAGCUACGCUUUACUGAAAAUGCACGCGAUCUUCCCCAGCCGAACAGCUUCGGGCUCUCAACAGACUCGCAACAGCCGCACGUCGAAGACAUGCUAGGAGACGAUGCGGACGACGACCAAUAUACACAAUACACCCAAGAUCACGCUCGCAGUCGUAACCUUUAUCCUACACAAUCUUUGAUGAAAUUUAGCACAGACGAACGACCUCAAACCCUACGUAGUUCAGCUGGGCGGUCUACAAACCGAUUACAGCAGUACUCGCUACUACCAAGAAAUGGUCAGGAGGCAUUUGUUCCAGGACUUGCAAGGGAUUUGAAGAGGAGGACUUCUAUCACGAACCUCGAGAAUGAUCCAGAUCCUGUCAUCGUGCAGACCGAGCAGGUCAUUAGAAGCGUUCAGGAAGAUGCAAUAAACACAAACAAGAAUGUUCAAGAUGAGGUACUCGCUGAAGCGGCAACCGAACUCGAAACUGUAUGGGAACGCUCGAAGACCUCAAGACGGCGGAGAAAAGACGAGGAUCUCUCGAUUGGUCCAGGUCCAGGUGCCACCCCUUUCGAGAACGCUCGAUACACUGCCGUCCUUAUCCUACGCCUCUAUCAUGCCUCGAAGAUACCUCAAGACGAAGUGGGUGUUAUGAGCAUGCCCCAGAUCUUAUUGGACUGGCUAAACGAAUAUCAUAUGACCAUCGAAACUGCAUACAAUCAAGUCAUAAACCACCCAGACAAUGUCACAGCCGAUGUGCUGUUCUGGGACGUGAUAGAGGCGCUGACGGCCCGUGGUAAGAUUGAGGAGGCAGUACGUCUGCUGGGAGAUGCAGAUUUCAGCUAUGCGAAAGUGGACAACGAAGCUGGCCUUGUCGACGCUGACUAUACUGGCCCACAGCUGCAAGCUAUCCAGACAGCAGUCCUUCAGGUCAGACAGACACUGAACGCAAGCCCUGCCAUACAGACCCAAGAUUGGUCCAUAGAUGGUUAUGAAUGGGUUGCUUAUCGAAAGGAUGUGCAAGCUGCGCUAGAAGAACUUCGAGAGUCAACUGACAUCCACGACGACUCGGAACUACUUGAGGCUGAGGCAGAUACUCAUCUAGUCCGACCAGGAAAAGGUCUGCCUUUCGAAAUAUUCGAGCGCCUCCAGACUGUCUACAGCAUCAUGUUGGGAUCAUCUGCUGAUUUGAUCACAAUCUCACAGGACUGGCUAGAAGCAUCCAUCCUGCUGACGGUGUGGUGGAAUGGCAACCAGGAUAACAAGGUUCAGCAAUGGAGUUUUGAUGUAAGCAGAGCACACCCGACUGAACAAAAUACAGAGCUAGAAACCCAAGCAUAUCUCAAUCGGCUGAAAGAAUCUUUUCUUGCUGUUACAGAUCCUUCAUCAAGAGACACAUGGCAGCUCAACCAUCAAUCACCGCUCGAACUUGCGAUAGCUCUCACCUUGCAGGGUGAUAUGCCUUCAGUGCUUUCUCUGGUUCAGAUAGAUUCACUUUGUUUGUCCUCCGCCCUGGCUGAGAUAGGCUCAUGGUCGGGAUGGCUUAACUCAAAUGCUGUGCCUGAUGGACUAGACAGAGAUGACCUUAUGGUGCUUACGGGUGGGACCAGUAAUGCAACGAUCAGCAAAGACGAGAUCCUCGAGCGAUACUCGCACGAGCUGUUCAAAAAAACAGCCCUUGAAAACUCGCAGAGUACAGUAGUAGACGGAUGGGAGAUUGCCAUAUCGGUCAUUAGCAGAUGCGACAACCAGUCACUUGCUAGUCGGACGGUACAGCAGUACAUCGAGGAGCUGGAAGUGACAACAGCGGAUCGCGCUGAGCGACUUGUCACGUUGUGUGGAGAGUUGGGCAUGGCAGAAGAAGCUCGAAAAGUGUCAGAGCAAUACGGAGAUCAUUUGGUCGACGAAGGUACCGACUACGGGACAGCGCUCCUCUGCUAUGCUCGUAGCCAGGCGGAAAGCAAAGUCCGCCAGUUGAUUGAUGUGCUGAACAGCUAUUGCUUGGUGCAGUCGAGAGCAUAUCCUUCAGAAGCAGAGAUCGACCAUGCAUUGUCACGGUUGGUCAGCAAUCCCAGACAGGCUCUAUCUGGUAUCGCAGAUAUGGAUCCGCAAGCAGUGGGAGUCUUACAAUUCUAUCUAGUUGGUUACGCUUGCAUACGACGAUACUACACCACUAGAGACAACGCAGCUGGGUUGUCAAAGACAGCUCAGAAAAAGACAGCAGCUAGAGCACUCGUGGCAGCCAUCAACAGUGCAGCAGACAGUAUUUAUGGUGGACUAUACGACCCCACGCGUCAAUCAGCAAUCCAGGUUGACGGAUUAUUAACUUUACUUGCAGAGGCAAGUGCACUGACAGCAGAACAUAGCGAUGGUGUUAGGAUUUUCACAUCAGAUCAGCUGUACGCUAUCUUAGCAGCAAUCGAGGAUCUGCAAAGCGUCAAUGAUAGAGUGUAUGCUGCCAUCGAGGAUUGUCUCGAUGCCUCACUGAGACAGUUUCGUGGUAGCCAGCCACCUAGUCCACAUGCUAUGCUGAAAAAGAGCAUCAGUUCAGGUACGAACUCAAACUUCAGUUUCAGCAUGAUGGGUAGUGAGAUGCUUGCUCGUUCUUCAGAAAGUCUGGGAGGAAGAAGUACGGGUAGCGCUGUUCUGGUUGGAGGUCGCAUGGGAAAGUCAAUGGGCAAGGAAGAUACAACAAAGGGCUGGGAUUGGCGUUCAUGUUUCAAAUCGGCGGACACGACUGGUGCAGAUGUGCUGCGGUAUCUGAGGACGGAGAUUGCUGCCGAAUUGGCAAUGGCUAACUUAGAGGAGGGCUUCAAAUGA